GGGCUGGGACAUUCCUGGUUUGACGACCAGCCUCGCUGCUGCCAUGAUUUGCUGAGCAAUUCGACACUGGCUUCAAAGAUGCGUGUGUGGAAGAGGCAGCGGUAGAGACGGAGACCGAGAGCUGGAGGAGUUACAUUAAAGACUCAGACAAACGGAAGGAAAGAGUGUGAGCAGGACGGAACGUUACAUUUUUACUGCAACUCCAAACUUCCCAAGAGAAAACUCUCCACCAGCGCAACUCCAGUCCAGGGGAAGUUGGCGCACCUUGGCCCCCGAAGCCUGCGCUGCUUUACGGGUCUAAAAAACUCUCUUCGCUCCUCCACCUCCGACUGUUUUCAUGUUCCUCUCGUCACUUUGCACUUUGAGCCCGUGUCUAAUGGAAGGCCUCGCGUGGAUUUGCUACCAGAAUAAUGCUUUUUACUGCUAAUUCACCCGACGUCUCGCAGAUUUUGCCCUUCUGUAAGAGAGGUUUUCUGAACGGACAAGGGCGAACAUACCAAGCAACACGGCCGCUGGCAGGGGUCAAAGUGCACCAUGGACAGUGGCCUAAGGGUCCUCCUGUCCACCUUAUUGUGUCUCAGCCAGUCUCUGCUUAUUAGCUGCUCAUCUCCGACUCCCUCCUUCCGCUCUGAGCCAGCCUCCUUGGUUAAGAGUCGAGGCUCUGUGGUUCGUCUGCAGUGCUUAGUAAGUCCUCCGUCAGCUGUGGUUUCCUGGCGCUUCCGGGGCCUUCCCCUUGACCGGGACACACUGCCUGGUGUGGAGUUCAGCAAAAGCUCCCUCACCAUCUCUUCUCUCACGCCCAGCCAUGCCGGCGUCUAUCAGUGCGUGGCACGCUUCGACCACGGGCCGGCCAUCGCCAGCCGCCUCGCUCGUGUGGCUGUAGCAGAAAUAUCAGAAUAUGAAGACGGCCGACGGCGGUCGUUAUCGGUGCAGGAAGGCAGCACAGUUCUUAUAGAGUGUCCGCUUCCACACAGCGUCCCUGCGGCUCGGCCAAGACUGAGAGUACGAGGGGUCUGGAUGGAAGUUUCAAAAGAUAACUAUGUUGUCCUUCCAUCCGGAAACCUGCAGAUUAUCUCUGUUUCAGCCCAGCACCAGGGCAUGUACAAAUGCGGUGCCAUCAACCCUGUUUCUGGGGAAGCAAUCAUGCAGUCUCAUGGCACAAAGCUGUCAAUCCAACAUUCGGACACCCCCUCCCCAGUGCGGAUAGUGUAUCCCACCACCCCAGUGACUGUUUCAGUUCAGCAGUCACAGCCGCUUACGUUGGAGUGUGUCGUGUCCGGAAGUCCCUCACCUGCAGCCAAGUGGUUGAAGAAUGGGAAGGAGGUCACGCUGGGUCUUUCUCAUCAACAGCAGCACAACAACCUGAUCUUUGUAAUGUUAAUGAAAGGUGAUGAAGGGAGGUACGCCUGCAUGGUUGACACCAAGAAGGGGGUAGUGAUCAGCGCUAACUACACAGUAAACGUUCUUGAACCAGCCUCUAUCGUGGAGGGUCUGGACGACCAGCUCAUCUCUCCGGGUUCUUCUGCUCGUUUCACCUGUGUUACGAGAGGAAACCCCUCCCCAAACAUCACCUGGCUGUUCAACGCCAACCCCAUCACCUCAUCACGCCGCUUUCAGAUCUCUGGAUCUUCACUUGUUAUCACAGAUGUGAAGCCACAGGAUGAAGGAGUUUAUCAGUGUGUAGUGGACAAUGGGAUUGACUCAGCACAGUCACAUGGAACACUCAGAACACAGUCAGAUCCACAGCUGAGCUCUACCACUGGUGAACUUCUUAAGCCUUCGCCUUCACUCUAUGGGAUACAGAGCGACGAGGGCCACGAGCACUUACUGACUGGAGAUGAAGGCGACAAGAUCGACCCACUGGCUGACAGGAGCGGUGAUCGUCCCACUCCAGAGGCGCCCAUCAUCAUCAGCCCUCCGCAGACUCACAAGCCUGACGUGUACGACCUAGAGUGGAGGGCAGGGCGUGAUGGAGGCAGCCCCAUCAAUGCUUAUUUUGUGAAAUACCGUAAGGUUGAUGAAAUGGGAACAGUGGUGGGAAAAUGGCAAACAGUUCGUAUUCCUGGAAGUGAGAAGACCCUGCGGCUGUCAGAGCUGGAGUCCUCCAGUCUCUACGAAGUGCUGAUGGUGGCUCGAAGUUCGGCAGGCGAGGGGCAACCAGCCAUGCUCACGUUCCGCACCGGAAAGGAAAAGAGCUCUUCCUCCAACAAGAACCCUUCCAAGCCUCCGGUCAUCUCAGUGCCACCUAAAGCUCCAGAGGACAGAACCCCCAACACCCACUUUGGAGUCGUGAUACAUGACCGAGUUCCAGAGGCUCCUGACCGCCCUACCAUAUCAAUGGCGACUGAGAGUUCGGCAUAUGUCACCUGGAUCCCGCGAGCUAAUGGCGGUUCUCCGAUCACGGCUUUCCGAGUGGAGUACAGACGUGGUCGCAGUGCUGAGUGGCUUGUGGCUGCAGAUAACAUCUCAACUCUCAAGUUGUCUGUGGAAAUUCGCAAUCUGGAGCCUGGAUCCACAAACAAGUUUCGGGUGGUAGCUAUGAACAUGUAUGGGGAGAGUCCCCCCAGCAUUCCCUCCAAGCCAUACCAGGUGCCACAGGCCAGUCCCCGCAUGGCCGACCGGCCGGUGGUCGGGCCUCAUAUCUCAUUCACGGAUGCCAUCAGCGACACGCAGAUCAUGCUGCGUUGGACUUAUAGCACCUCAAGUAACAACAACACUCCAAUCCAGGGCUUCUACAUCUACUACCGGCCUACAGACAGCGACAAUGACAGCGACUACAAGCGUGAUGUGGUGGAGGGUGCAAAAUACUGGCACAUGAUUGGACAUUUGCAGCCCGAGACCUCCUAUGAUAUAAAAAUGCAGUGCUUUAAUGAGGGCGGCAAGAGUGAAUACAGCAACGUCAUGAUCUGUGAGACCAGAGCACGUCAGUCGCCCGGGUCGCCCAGCCAGCGCCCCAUCACCCCACCUGGCAUCAACCCUCCCGAGCUGCCGAGCCCUCCUGGAGGACUACUGUACCUGAUUGUGGGCUGCAUUUUGGGGGUGAUGGUGCUCAUCCUGCUGGCUUUUAUUGGCAUGUGUUUGUGGAGGAAUCGCCAGCAGAACAACAUGCACAAGUAUGACCCUCCCGGCUACCUGUACCAGCCAGCAGAGAUGAACGGCCAUGUUCUCGAGUAUACCACCCUGGCGCCUGGCACCAGCCGCAUCAAUGGAGGCAUCCAUGGGGGCUAUGGGCACACUGGCCAGAUGUUACCUCAAGGGUGCCAUCACCUUCACCACAAACUUCCAAAUGGCUUGGCACUGCUCAAUGGCUCCGGAGGAUUAUUCUCACCUGGCCACCCACAUGGCCACGAAGGCACACUGCCCCACACCACCCAUGACUGCGAGCACUCACACUCACACCCCCACCAUCACCUUAAUGGUGGAGGCAUGUACACAGCUCUUCCUCAAACAGAGUCUUCAGACUGUAUGAGCUGUCAGAACCUCUGCAACAACAACAGAUGUUACAACAAGACCAAUGGCACUUUCUCCAGCGGUACUCUGCCUCUGAUGCAUCGUGUGGCGCCCUGCCAGCAGGAUGGGCUGGAGAUGGUGCCUCUGGGCCAGGUUCAGUUACAGUGCCGCAGCUCCGACCCGGAGGCCGACGUAGGAUACCAGCCAGAUGAGUACAGGGAGUCCUCGCCGUCGCAGCACUCGUGCUGUCUAAUCAGAAACAAUGAAAACUCUCCAGCAGACAGCACGGCCGAGGAGGAGCCGGAGUGCAUGGACAUGGAGGGGCCGGUGGUGUGCUGGGAGAGCCUCGGGUUGCCAGACUUGAACUGUGACGAGAAGCCUGUGUGGAUCUCCAGCAGCAGCCUGGCCGGAGAGCUGAUCCAGCCCAGCCCACAGGAGGCCUGAGCACAGCCCACACACAAGCUCAUGCCCCCACGCUGUGGAGAGUUUGGAGAAGCUACGCAGUGAGAGAUGGAAGGAAGAGGAUGGAAGACUGGAUAGUCAGAGACACUGCAUGUUACAGUGAAAAGGACGCAGAUCUGUCGGACUGAGACGAGACAAGCGACGUGGGGGAAUUAAAACACGACUACAAAGACUGAAAGCAAAGCCAGAUGGAGAGGAACAAAAAGACAGGCUAUCCCACUGGAGGGAAGACAUGUAAAAGAUCAAAAACUCUUUAGAUGACUUAUUUAUUUUUUUUGUAGUAGUAAAAUAUUAUUUCAUAUGAAUGUAUCUGUUUAAAAGAAAAAAAAGUUUGUCUUUUAUAUUAUUUAUGCCUUUUGGAUGAGAAAUAUUUUUUAUUUUUUGUCGUUUUUGUCCCUCUGUCCCACUCAAGUGUGGAGGUUAGUCUUGUAAAAUUUUGUAAUAAUAUAAAGAGAAGAUAUGGGAGAGCCAACAAGAAGCCACUUUGAAUGUCUUUCUUCCCCCUCCUUCAUGUACAGCGCUGAAUGAAUGAUCGCUGUAGUGAAUUUCCCAGCCUCAGUCCAAACCCAUCGAUAUUUCUGGCAGGCCUUUGAUGUGGCUCUGUAAUGGGCUGUUCCACUGCAGUGACCCCUGAACAGGGUGAACACUCCCUUCACUGUUCAGAUUAAGGCUGCUGCUCUUUGCUUCAUUGAAUACUUGAUAGCUCAUCACUUUACACAAAAUGCGCUGUUGCUUCGAGACCACUGUUGACCUGCUGGCCCCAAUCUGUUGGGAGAAGUGGAACAUUCACAUUAGAGCAUGUUUGUGCAGCAAAUCUGUGUAUGUUAAAACCAUAAGCAAAAAAAAAAAAACUGAGUGUACGCUGAGCAACUCUGCAGCCACAUACAGGAAAAAGGGAAGUUAAAGUUAUAAUCAAAUGCUGCCAUAAGCUGCAGCUUUGCAUACAGCUCUUUUGAGUCUAUAAGCUAAAUCUUUAGUAAUUUCUUUUUUUUUACCCUCCACUGUGUUGAUAUACAGGUAGAAGCUCAUGAAAUAUAAAGCUAAAACUACCUGCAUGCCAGAUAUCCAUGAGUGCAGUGCUGAAAACCUUUGUGACAUGCAAAGUUUUGAUAUCAAAAACAGAAGAAAGAUCAUUUUUUCAUUCUUCUCAGAUUUCAGUAUUUUCUAAAAUCUCCAACUCUCUGCUGGCUGCAGAAUAAUCUCCCUGAUGUGCACGCUGAUUGGAGUUGAUAGGGCUGCAGCGGGCAGAUGACAGGCCUGGCUGUGCUUCACUGGGGAUGACUGCGGUGCAGGCUUUCCACGCUUGGUGCCUUUCUGUCCUUGUUUUUUGCCAGAGUCAGCUGCCAGCCCUCAGGCCCUGGCUCGCCUGGCAUCUUUCCUCCCUCCGAUGGUAUACAGGAUAAUCCUGGAACUCGGAUUUUACUCGCUUUGCUUCUGAGGCGUGGCACAGCCUCUUCCGGUUGUUAUUUUUGGUGCUGAUGGCGGGUGUAGCACCAUUAGGGUUGGCAGCGUUCAUCAAAUUUGCUUGACUUGAACUCAGCCCUUUCCCAGGAAUAGGCAAUUUUUCAGCACUGGAGCUUCCAAGUAUUUGAUGCACUCUGCUUUUUUUUAUGAGAAUAAUGAGAAGACCUGGCUAUUCUGUGCACGGUCUUGUUAAGCUGAACUUUGUUUCCAUGCAGUUGCUCAUUCAAGUGUCCAUUUCUGCUCUUUGGAAGAAAAAGGAACAAAACAAUGGGUAGGAAAUGAAGCUGGAAAUGAAAGAGGAACGGUCUGUGGAGGGAGAGGGGAUGCUGACAGAUGCAGCCUGGGUUGAUGAAGAGAAGAUAAGGGCAAGGUUGUCUUUAAAUGAGCUGCUUCUCCAUCUCCCACGUCUGUCAGUCGGCACCCUCCCUCAGUCUUGCUCUGCACCCUCUACCCACGCAGUUACACCCCUUCAUUAAGGAGCCCAUGGGAACAAGAAAGCUCAUUGUCCACCCUGGAAUUUUUGCCCCUUGCUGCAGAGCCGACCUGUUAACGCCAUUCCUUCUUCCCUCCGCCCACUAUUCUUCCACUGGCUCCCCUCUCCAGAACAUCUUGAAUGAAAGCUAUGCUUAUGAAUCAGGCAGUGUGUUGUUAACUUGCAUGAUUCGGCUUCAGGCGAUUUUAUUCUUGAGAUGUCACAAACCACAAGUAAAGCAUGUUGUAGUUGGAUGAAAUCCAACGGCAUUCCAAUAGAUCCUUGCAUACAAUGCAUGCACAUGCAGAAAAAAAAAAACACCAACUAAUAGUUCAAAUUUCCCCUUAAGGAUUUCUACUCAAGUUUUGAUGCAUUAAGGUACCUUAGACUUUUCAUCCUGUUAGAACAGCUGCAUUUACUGACUGCACCUGUUGGACAUAAUCAAUGGAAAAGUCACAUUUUUCAUCUUUCUUCUAACUGUGAUCAGACUACUUUGAAUCGAUGCUGAGCUUGUUGAGUUUAAGCAGUCUGGAGCUUCAGAACUGAGUACACCUGGAAAAAUUAUAAAAAGCUAUGAGAAUAUUUUAUUAAUUGUGCACACAAAUCACUAGUGAUGUUUAUUU